GCUUUUGUGUUUCAAGAUGGCGGCUCCCUUGUGGCUGUAGAAAUAACGUGAUUUUACACACUUAUAUAAAAAAACCAUACAUUUUUAAUCAUUGACUGUGCAGCAGGAGGAAGCUAUUCGUAAACAGUGUGAGGCCGAGCAGAGCAGAGCCGUGUGAGUGAGGCGCUGCGACUGGACCCUCGACUCAUGAACAAAGUGUAGAGCACAAUCUCGGUGUGUAAAUAACAGCGAUCCUCAGUUCUUGGCCAUGGCUUCAUUUAAACCCACUAAAAUCCUGACAUACCCUAAACUGGGAGAGCGAGUGACUGAGGAGACGCUUUACUGGAAAAACUACAAGACUCCAGUGCAGAUAAAGGAAUUCGGUGCCGUCACUAAAAUCGAGUUUUCUCCUCAACCACCUCACAAUUACGUGGUGACGGCGUCCACCAGAAUCCAGGUGUACGGCGUUCACUCUCGGGAGCCACUGCGCAGUUACACUCGCUUCCGGGACACGGCGUACGGUGGGAGUUUCCGUGGAGAUGGGAAGCUGCUGGUGGCAGGAAGUGAAGAAGGGCUCAUUCGUCUGUUCGACAUUGGAGGCCGAGUUGCUCUGCGCCAGUUCACAGGGCACUCCAAGGCAGUACACGUCUCCUCGUUCCUGUCUGAUGGGUACCGUGUGUUAUCGGGUUCUGAUGAUUUGUCGUGUCGGGUUUGGGACGUUAUGACCGGAGCAGAACUCAGCUGUUACACUGAACACACGGAUUACGUCCGAGCUGCGACUCCCAGCAAACUCAACCCCGACAUCUUCAUCACCGGUUCCUACGACCACACGGUGAAGGUGUGUGACGUUCGGUUAGGGGGCAGCAUGAUGACACUUCAGCAUGGUCAUCCUGUCGAGUGUGUGCUGCUUUACCCAUCCGAGGCUCUACUGGUGUCCACAGGAGGACGGUAUGUGAAAGUGUGGGAUUUAUUAAAAGGAGGUCAGCCACUUGUCUCUCUGAAGAAUCACCACAAAACCAUCACGUGUGCGUGUCUGAGCACCACUGACAACCGACUGCUCACAGCCUCGCUCGACAGACAUGUGAAGGUAUAUAAUUCCUCCUACAAAGUGGUCCACAGUUUUGAUUACGCAGCGUCCAUCCUCAGUCUUGCUCUCGCUCCUGAUGAUGAGACGGUUGCGGUUGGAAUGGCCAAUGGUGUGUUGAGUGUCAGACACAGGAAACAUGGUGAAGACACACGGGAAGUGGUUGAUAGGAGGAGGCGUGGUCCGGCGUACCGGGUUUUUGUCAAGGGGAAAAACUACAUCCCUAAACAAGAUGAUUUCCUGGUGAGUAAAACGGUGAAACAGCAUCUGCAGAAACACGACAGACAGCUCAAGAGCUUCCAGGUGUCUAAAGCGCUGGACACGGCACUGGAGACGUGGAGGCGGGUCAAUAAGCCGGAAAUGACUGUCGCGGUGAUGAUUGAACUGAACCGCAGAGGAACACUGAGGAACGCUCUGGCAGGGCGAGAUGAACAGAGUUUAACCACACUGCUCAACUUCCUGCUCAAGAAUGUAACAGACUCCCGGUUCUCCAGCGUGCUGCUCAUGGUGGCAGACGUCCUGCUCGAUCUGUAUCAGCAGGUCGUCCCUCAGUCUCCUGUAGUCGAGCGUCUGCUGCAGCGUCUGAUGGAGCUUCUGGGACGUGAAGCAGAACUUCAGCAGGAGCUGCUUCAGGUUUUGGGAAUCCUCGACACACUCUUUGCCUCUCUGACCCCGAGGAAGCAGGCUACGGCCCCCAUGGGCCCACCCGCCAUACAGGGGGGCCAGCUGCAGGUUGUCUGACGUGUGUUUACUCCACAUCCAUGCCGUAGGAGGAUGGGCGGAGCUUAAACACCAGCAGCCACACAGACUUUCAUUCAGAUGAUUAUGGGUGAAGAUCACGGCGUCUCACUGACACACUCACAUUUACAGCUUGUGUUUUAUAUGUUCCUGAAGUCAAAACAACCUUGUGAAUAAACAUUGUGUUUUCUCUUAA